UUUGUUUUUACGGCAUUGCGCAGAGAGGGAAGGUCCGGGUUAUUGUUAAAUACCUGGUCACUUUUGUACUGAUCAGUUAUGUGGAGACAUAUUUUAUUGAGGGAUAAAUAUUGUUCGGUCUCUUCCUCACCUGUCUUUCAGAUGCUUCACCUGACAAAAGGAUGUGUGGGGUGCUUGCUUUCCAGGCGAGCAGUUUUGGCACUGACCAAUAGUGGUGCAAGGAUGUCAAGCCAUGACCACCACGAGGUCUCCAACAACUUGGACGUGUCCCAGCCAAUGUACUCGGAUCGUGUGGACACCCCUCUGCCAGACAGACCAUGGAAGGAUGUCCUCGACUCUACGGAUAAGAGCCUGAAACAGAAGGAGAAGGGUCCCUGGACUGCGCUGUCCAAGGAGGAGAAAAUCGCCUUGUACAGGCUGAAGUUCAACCACACCUAUCCGGAGAUGAAGAGGCCGUCCCAUGAGUGGAAGACUGUGAUUGGUGGGAUGUUCAUCAUCUUUGGCAUCACUGGUCUGCUGGUCUUUUGGCAGUGCCACUAUGUGUACCCACCCCAACCUCAUACCUUUGGUGAGGAGUGGCAGGCUAAGCAGAUCCAGAGGAUGCUGGAUAUGCGGCUCAACCCAAUCGAGGGCUUCUCUGCCCAGUGGGACUACAAGAACAAACAAUGGAAGUAAAGGAAGGGAAUAGACCACUGCUGGAAGGAGGAAUGGUUCGACUUGACACCUUGAGCCUCUGUUCAGCUGCCAUAACAGCAAUCCAUCAAUUCUCUUACGGUUGAAGUAAUAAAUGACUAAACUGGUUUCCUUCUCUCUCCAUCUGAGAAAAUAACAGUAUAUUAUGGGCUGCUUGUCCUCAACCUAAUUUCUGCUUUAGUGUUCUUGUGGUCGUCUGUCUGGUUUGGCCGUAAGUGAAUGUGUCAGGACCAACAACAAAAACAGCCUACAUUUGUUUUAUCCCCUUGCUGAAACGCUCUAGAGAAAUUUCUACUCAAAUGGUCAAAGUAUCACUGUGUACACAUCGAAUCCUUGUGCCUUUGUUUUCCUUUGCUAAUAUCAGUUAACAUGGCAAAGAAUGUUAGUUUUGUAGAAAUAAAAAUUCAGUGUUCUCCAUGUUCCAGAUGGGUCUUUAUUAGUUUCAUGUAAUUUACAUUGGAAUUGUGACAGACCAUUCAACAUGUUCAUUCCUUUAAGCCAUAGGUAUCAAAUUCAUUCCAGAGGGCUGAGUGUCUGUGGGUUUUUGCACUUCCCUUGUCCUUGAUUGAGGAAUUAAGAUCACUAAUUCAUUAACUCUGCACACCUGGAGCAUAAUUGAAAGAAAUCCUACAGACACUUGACCCGCCAUGGAAUGAGCUUGACACCCCUGCUUUCAGCUAUCAAAUGGGGAAAUAACUGUUUUAGCAGUUAACACAUACAAAGGAUACAUUUAAGCAGACAGCCCCAAUUCAGAACAUGUGAUUGGAAAAAUUAUAAAUUAGGCUGCUUGUGUAAACGCAGCCAUAUACAGAUGGAAUUUCAGGCCAUUGGGACACUAUACUUUCCCCUAAAUAUCUUAACAUUUCAAAGUCACUUAUCUUAAAUAUGUUACUAAGCUAUGAUACUAUUCUAAAUCAUUGUUUUAAAUAACUAGUAUAUAGUGUCAAUGCGGUUUAGAAUCCUUGUACUUCCUGCAAACAUUGGCCAUAAUCCAUUCCACAUGCAUGCACACAAUCUCACAUAAGUGGAGGGAACUUCUUCACAUAACAAGGUAAUAUUGGAGAAAGCCUGCAAGCAGCUUUUUGUGGGGCACACACUAGAAAAAUAUACUGUAUUGGAAUGUAUCAAAUCAGAUCUGUGAUGAAAUGGUGUGUUCAUGAUCAGUUAGAACAUUUAUCUAAAAGUAGCAUUUAGUCAUAGUGAAAACCUUGACCCCCAAUGUGUUGAGACAAGCAGGAUGGCACACCUGAACAGACUCACCUAAAUACCCUGGAGGGCACUAUGUCAGAGGCUUUGUCUCUGAUAAUGGAGGUUAAUGGCAGGCAGAAAUGUUUCCUAAUGAAACCAGUUAUUCAUUGCCAAUAGAGAAAAGCAGACAACUGUGACCUGUACUUUUAAAUCUGUUAUGUCACCAAUAUUUUGCAGGAAAUGCAUAGAAAACAUGGGCUGAAUAAACUGAGCUUUGACAAAAAUACAGCAUAGGAAAAACUGUUGCACCUUCAGUCCAAACAUAGCUCUACUACACUUUUCAAAUGAAAUGUGGGAUAAACACUGCAAGUGUGAGAGCAUCAAUCCAGCUUUGAAAAAGGAAACAGCUGCAAACAGGAGCCUCUGGCUGGUGUGAGUCUGGACUGUGUUUACAACUGUACCUGCUACACAAG